AUGGCCCCUUCCAAGUUUCUUCGCUCGGGAUUGUCUCCCGCCUCUUCCCAUUUCAACUUGAUACCUCUCGGUAUACUUUACAUUGGAUCGCUACGGUACCACGGCAUGUCUACAACCAGCCUGGCCACCGGCGAUGUAGUCGCUACACUUCCCGAUGGGAACUCAUUCCAAUCAGCCCAGCACGCGACCAUUCCCCACCCCAUCGGCUGCGAAUGCAGUCACUCGCAUAAUGUGCUCGAUACAAGCGCCCCAGCGCAGCUGGCUUCUGACAAAGAUGCGACUGGAACCCAUAUUGCUACCAACAAUGAGCCUGGAGAUAGCAGGAAGCGCCAGAACGAAGUACAUCAAGAAGAACAGGAAGCCGCCAACAAGUAG